AAUAAAUUAAAUUAUUCUCAUAAAGGCGUGUUCAUUAAAGUGUUCUAUUCCCUCACUGUCAUUUCUGCGGCGAUGGAGAGCAACAGGUGCGCAGAGGUGGGCUCGGGUGACGGUUACCCGUCCGCCGGACAGCCUCACCGGGCGGCUCUGAUUCUGGCCCGCGGUGGCAGUAAAGGAAUCCCUCUGAAGAACAUCAAGAAUCUGGCCGGUGUUCCUCUGAUCGCGUGGGUCCUGAGAGCUGCCUUGGAUUCAGAGGUCGUUGACAGCGUGUGGGUUUCUACUGAUCACGAUGAAAUCGAGCGCGUCGCAAAAGUCUGGGGCGCAAAAGUUCAUCGGCGCAGUCCUGAAGUUUCCAAAGAUUCGUCCAGCUCUCUGGAGACCAUCCAGGAGUUCAUUCGACUGAGACCCGAGGUGGACAUCGUCUGUCAUAUUCAGGCCACGUCUCCAUGCCUCCACCCUCAUCACCUCAGAGAAGCCCUGCAGAUGAUCACCGAACAGGGUUAUGAAUAUGUGUUUUCCGUGGUUCGCAGGCACCAGUUUCGCUGGGAGGAGGUGGACAAGAAAGAGAGUAAGAAUCCAACACCUCUGAACAUUGACGUGGCACACAGACCGCGACGACAAGAUUGGCCCGGGGAGCUCUACGAAAAUGGCUCUUUCUAUUUUAGUACGAGAAAGGCGUGGGAAAACGGCCUUAAACAGUUGGGCAAGGUCGCCUACUAUGAAAUGCUGCCUGAGUACAGUGUUGAUAUCGACGUGGAUAUUGACUGGCCUGUCGCUGAGCAGAGGGUUCUGAGGUUUGGCUACUUUGGCCGAGAGGAGAACACGGCUGUCAGGCUGUUUCUGUGUACAGUGUCUGGCUGUUUGACGAACGGACAGAUAUACGCGUCGGUUUCAGGAGAGGACCUUGUGGCCAUAAAUGCUCGAGAUGUGGCAGGCAUACAGAUGCUGCAGAGGGAAAAUAUCGAGGUGAUCCUCAUGUCCAGUGUAAAUGUGCCGCUGUCCAGGAGUCUGCUGGAGAAGGUCGCCCAGCAUGCCGGCUGUGGCCUCUGGUUUGGAAAGCAGCUGAAUGGGCUCGAGGUGGAGUGGCUGAUGAAAGAAAAGAAGCUGCAUUGGGAUGAAGUGGCCUUCAUGGGUUCAGAGCCUGAAGACAGAGAGAUCCUGUCUCAGGUGGGGCUGAAUGGCGUCCCGUGUGGCUCACCUGUGGCGGAUCUCAUUGCGGCGAAAUACAUGUGUCAGAAACCCGCCGGACACGGAGCAGUUCGUGAGUUUGCCGAGUACAUACUGAUGCUGAAGAAAAAGAGCUUGUUGGAGGUGUACCAGGAUCGCAUAGACAGGGCCAAUUUCUAGAUUCCAGUUUCUAUUUUAAAUGUCAUCUAAACAAUCAUUUUGAGUUGCUGUGAUAACGAAACUGAAGUUAA